UCACCCUCGCCAUAUUGAAUCAGGAAAUCGAGGCUCGAGAGCCGGAUGCAUGUAAACAUCCACGUCAACAGGCAGCUGUUAGUUCAGAAACGAGGAUAAAAAUUUUUUAUUUUUCCUUUUCCGACUCAAACCGAUGUGUUAUUAAAGCAGCUCUGCCGCGACGUGUUGGCGAUCGGAAUACCGGACUGUGAGUGGGAAUAAUGACUACCCUGACGCAGAGGAGCACCUCGGGCCUGGUGCAGCGGCGGACCGAGGCCUCGCGUAACGCCGCCGCCGACAGAGAGAAGCCCUGCGACGAGGACGAGCACGAAGAGCGCCGCGGGGACGAGGACGAGGACGAGCGGGGAGACUCGAAGGAGACGCGGCUGACCCUGAUGGAGGAAGUGCUGCUCUUAGGACUGAAAGACAGAGAGGGUUACACAUCAUUCUGGAACGACUGCAUAUCUUCAGGUCUGAGAGGCUGCAUGCUGAUUGAGCUCAGCCUCCGAGGACGACUGCAGCUCGAACCUUGCGGCUUGAGGAGGAAAAGUCUGCUGGCUAGAAAGGUGCUGUGUAAAUCGGAUGCCCCCACAGGAGAUGUGCUGCUAGACGAGGCUCUGAAACACGUGAAGGAAACGCAGCCUCCUGAGACGGUGCAGAACUGGAUAGAGCUGCUGAGUGGAGAGACAUGGAAUCCAAUGAAACUCCACUACCAACUUCGCAACGUUCGUGAGCGUCUGGCAAAGAACCUGGUUGAGAAGGGUGUCCUGAGCACAGAGAAGCAGAACUUCCUGCUGUUCGACAUGACCACGCACCCGCUGAGCAACGACACGGUGAAGCAGCGCCUGGUCAAGAAGCUCCAGGAAGCCAUGCUCGACAAGUGGGUGAGGGAGCCGCAGCGCAUGGACAAGCGUCUCCUCGCGCUCAUCCUCCUUGCACACUCCUCUGAUGUGCUGGAGAACGCUUUCUCACCGCUGCAGGACGAGCAGUACGAGCUGGCCACGAAGCGCCUACGCUCGCUGCUCGAGCUCGAACCAGAGACCGAAGCAUCCAGAUCCGGUGCCAACGAGCUGCUCUGGGCCGUCGUGGCCGCUUUCACCAAAUGAGAAUGGAAGAGAUGGAAAGAAUGGGAGAAAGUGGACUUUAUAUUUGAUUAACCUGUUAGAGAGAACAAGAUUGUGGCUACUUGCACCAGAUGAAAGGGAAUGAGAAAAGACUUUUUAGCUCAUAACCCCUGGAUUUAUAGCUUGGGUUAUACUGGACUAUACUGGAGGUGGUGGGAUGAUAAUAAUGGUGGAAUUCCUGAUAAUGAAGAAAAUGAUUAUUCUAAUGAUAAUGAUGAAGAUGAUCAUAGUACUGUUUCUCAAUGAAACCAACCUUCCCGUCUUGGAGACUUUGUGUAGUUGUGAUCAGAAAAUAAUGUUUCUCUGAGAGAUUUCCACUAAAAUCUCGGCCAGAAGCUCUUCUAUCCGGUUUACGAAAUCACUGCCCUCAUUUCCACCUUACAAUAAAACAUGGGUUAGGUGAAGAAAAUUGCACAACCUUCCUUUACCAAAAACAAACAUAGUUUACACUUGGGCUGUGGGCCAAGUAUGUCUAACAGGUAAUAGAAAUCCAGUUUAACGAGUACUUUUCCAUAACAAUAUGGUCAGAUGUUGAAGAUGUCAUAGCUGAGCAAUCAAACCACAUUUGGCUAAAGUUUAAAUUUAGGGAUUUUUUUUUGUCACCUUAUAGCAUUAUUAUUUGAUCUGUAUAUGGAUAUUGAUUGUCCUUCGUUCAUUGUUUCUCAGACUCCCUAACUUUGACUUGACCCAGUCGUGCUCUGGCAGAGAUCCGGUCCCUGUGUCCUUCAGAGAAACCGUCAGCUUUUGUCCCUUGUAUUUUUAUUUAGCGCAUUAGAUCUUGAUUCUCACGAAGUUUCAGUGUAAAAAAAAAAAAAAAAAAAAAUCAAUCAUUUUUAAUUAAAAAAAAAAUUAUUUUCUUAAUUUUAUUAGAGAUUCACUGUUGGCUUGAUCGCUGCAAGAACUUCGGUGUUGGCUUCGUAUGGAAUGACGUUAUUCAGGCAAAUUUUUAGCGUUUUUUUUCCCCCUCAUUUUCAAUUUUUUCUAUUUUCAAUUUUCAACCUACAUGAUUCAGGGUUUCCCUGAGAAGGGAGAGAGAGAGAGAGAGAGAGAGAGAGAGAGUCUGUUUGCAAUGCACAUGAGUGACUUAAUGCACAUCAUAUGUAUUUCUGAACUCGACAAUAUUUGCACACUUCUUAAAGCAGCCUAGCUGUUUAUUUUUUUCUUCUGUCCAGCAGAUGGCAGUGUAACUCUGAGCCAUUUUGCUUUUUUCCACAGCUCUGCAAAACGUGUUGUUUGAGUAGUCCACUUCCCCUCACUUAGAAGCACUAAAUGAAUAGCAUCACUAACACAGAGCGCACACUUACAGAUCAAGAGGAAGACCCACGUAGGGUUUAGUGGGAGUGGGUUUGCGGAGUAAAUUACGUUUCUCUCUAUCAGAUACGUUUAACGUAUUUCUUGCGUUCUGUAUGCUGUUGAGAUAAUCUUCAUAAAACAGCUUUAAAAUGAAAAGUGCAUCGGAUUUGAGAACUUUCUAGUGAGGUCGCCCCCUAAGGAACCAGACUUGAGGCUCACGAAGAAAUGAAAAGGCCUUCAAGAUGUUCAAGAAGAGCGUUCACUGUAAAAAAAAAAAACAGGCCAGGAAGGUAGUUUUAUUAUCAGUUAUUUAAAGUAAAAAAAGUUCAAGGCUGUAACUAGUAAUGGGGGGUGGAGGUUGGGGGGGGGUCCACUAAUUUCUACUCACAAUCUCAGACACACUAACAAAACUCGCAGUAUGAAACCAUUUUAACUCCUGACCUUGUCCUAUGAAAGGGUUUUCUAAAAAAGAAAAAGUGGAUUAAAAGCCGUUAUACUUUUUAUUCUGGUCUAGUACUGUUUAUAAUAUGAUUUCAGAAUGUCCAGAUUUGUCUGUAUUUCAGUCAAUCUUUCUGUUCUGAUUGGGUUCUUUAUUAGGAUGAACCAAUUUAAUACACAGCACGACUAUUGGACCAAAAAAAAAAAACCCUAUUGGACCUUGAAUCACUGGAUCAUUAUCAAAUUUGUCAAAUUUUCUGGUCUUGUCUUGUCCAGCUUGACUGGACACUAGCAACCAGGAUGUCCUCACAGCAACACGCUUUCUGUGAAAUGAGAACAUAAGAUCAGUUCAUCCCUAGUUCUUUCUUAGUCAUUUCCCCCUUACUGUGAAUGAGAAAGUUUGAUUGUUGACCUGCUGUUAGUUAACUACUGUGUAGAAGUAGUGCUGCGGUGAGAGGAAACUGUGGAUUUGUACACAUGCUUUUUACCUUGUAAUAAAAGGAUGAU